AUGAGCCACAAGUCGUUCGUCCAGCUGGCAGCCGGCCUCUCCACCGUUGCUGUUGUCAUCUCCCUCUUCAGUGCUGUCUAUAUCUUCAACGACAUUAACUCGCUCUACGAUGAGAUCAUGGAUGACAUGGCUGACUUUCGUGUCACUGCCAACGACGCCUGGACCGGAAUGAUCCGCCAGAUGCCCAAACGUCCUCUCCCCGACUUCAACACCCUGGUCGGCCGUAACAAGCGUCAGGCUGGCUGUGGCUGCGCUCGUCAAGCCAGCCAAUGCCCACCCGGACCUCCAGGACCACCAGGAACUCCAGGACUUCCCGGAGAUGACGGUCAUCCAGGAGAGCCUGGACGCCAAGGAGGAGCUGGUGUUGGCCAAGUUGGCGACUUCGCCACCUCUGGUGGUUGCAUCAAGUGCCCUGCUGGCCCAGCUGGACCACCAGGACCAAGUGGACCACCCGGACCUGCUGGCAGCCCAGGAAACCAAGGACAGCCAGGAGCUCCAGGACAAGGAAGCGGCCCAGGCCCACAAGGACCACCCGGAGACGCUGGAGCCCCAGGACAACCAGGAGCGCCAGGACAGCCAGGACAGCCCGGACAACCAGGAUCCCGCUCUAGGCCAGUUCCCGGACCAAAGGGACCAAGCGGACAACCAGGAGCUCCAGGACAGCCCGGACAGCCCGGCUCUCAGCAAGGACCCGGACAACCAGGCCCACCAGGACCACAAGGACCACCCGGCCAGCCAGGACAACCAGGAGGAGAUGGACAACCGGGAGCCCCAGGAAACGGAGGAGCUCCAGGAAAGGACGCCGCCUAUUGCCCAUGCCCACCACGAGGAGGAGAGGCUCCAGUCACCGGAGGAAACUCUGGAAGCUACAACCCCGCUCCACCUGCUCCUGCUCCAGCUGCCGGAGGCUACCGCCGCCGUGCCUUCAGACACCGUCAACGUGCCGCCCACCGUACUCGUGCUGCUGUCCGAUCCCGUGUGGCUGCUCGUCGUGUCGCUGUCCACAGACAGUAA